AUGCCUCAGUACACUUCGCGAGAUGUCGGCGACCCUACGCAGAUCAAGAAGAACAAGCAGUCGAUGGCCGACCUCAAGCUACGCCGGCUAACCGAGCUCAACAACCGUCUGCGCGAGGAUCUUGAGCGAGAACGCAUUCCCGUCAGCACGGCGUCCAAGAGCAUUAUCGCCUACUGCAACGGCACCCGGGACUACAUGGUCCCCUCGGUCUGGGGCGCUGUCCCCAAGGGCGAGGACCCCUACGCGCCACAACAAUCCGGUGGCUGCUGUGUGGUCAUGUAA